AUCUCCAUCUCCAUCUCCAUCUCCGAGGAGCUCUCUUCCCCUCUUUCAUGGUCAUUAGCUUCUGAGAAACCAGCUGAGAAGACUUCGCGAAAAGAGGGAGCUGAGAUUCAUCGCUUCCGCCAUUGAUUCUCUUCGAGUAUGACGAAGUUCAGGAAGCUAAAUCGGCCGACGGGCCACCGUAUGGCCAUGCUUAGAACAAUGGUUUCACAAUUGGUGAAGCACGAGCGUAUUGAAACCACUGUUGCCAAGGCAAAAGAAAUACGGAGGCUCGCUGAUAAUAUGGUGCAGCUUGGCAAAGAGGGUACCCUUUGUGCGGCCAGGCGAGCUGCUGGAUUUGUGAGAGGAGAUGAAGUCAUUCACAAACUGUUUACAGAGCUAGCAUAUCGAUACAAGGACAGGGCAGGUGGUUACACAAGGCUCCUACGGACACGGAUAAGAGUUGGUGAUGCUGCACCAAUGGCCUACAUCGAGUUUAUUGACAGAGAAAACGAACUCAGACAAUCAAAACCGGCGGUCCCUCAGCUGCCACAGAGAGCUGCUUUAGAUCCCUGGACGAGAUCGCAGCUUACCAGGAACUUUGCACCUCCCAAGGAGGAAAAGAAAUCCGAUUCGGAUUCCGACUUAUGAAGGAAGGACGAUGGACACACAAAUAAAACUGAGCCAAUACUGUCUAUCUAGGAGUGUUGUUAUCCUAGUUAACUCAUCAUACCAUUUUCAAGAUUUGGAACGUGUAUAUUAUUGAUGGCUAUUUCAACUGACAUGGUAGACUGAUACGGUAACACUGGGCGUUU